CCUAUCACGUCGCCAUUGUAUAACUGCGUGCAAAACUCGGAUCAUCUUCAAAAUUAAAUCAUUCACAAUAAUUUCGAAGCGAAGUGUAUUGUUUGUACGUGAAAGAGAAACACAAAAGGUAUGUUAUGGACUAGUGGAAAAGAAAAGUGUCGUGUCAGUCAUGAAAUUCAUCAAGGCUAACGUGGUUAUUAGUUGCUCUAUGCCGAGCGAGACCUUGUAGAAACUUGCUUGUUGUUUUACCUUAAGAAAUGGAAUUUAGAAAUCAUGAGGCGCCGCUGAGUGUGUGAAGGAAGUUAGUAUUAGUUUGGAAGUAGGGUUGAAUUGAUUUUUGUUAUGCACAUAUUCAUAUUGAUUAUGGUCAAGUUGUGACUGACCACAGAGGAAGGUGUGCAAGUUCUGGUGCGACCAUAGUGGCUAUCCUGUAGUAGGUACAAAAGUUAUAAAUUGCGUUGGAUAAAUCCACUUAAAUAAGUCUGGAUUUGCUUAUUGAAUUUUUUAAGUUUGUAUGUAAGUGCGAUGCUGUUUUUUGUAAGCUCGAGUUUCCUGCUUUUCUGAUUAUAACAGUUUCUAUAGAGAAAGGAGAAUGAUCAAUUAAAGCAUGCCACAGGUUUGGAUGAAGAGACAUCUUGGACUUCUGCUUCUGUGGAUGCAUGUUUUAAUUUGUGCAUCGUCCAUUGAUAGAAAGCAGGUUAUUGUGCAUGAAAGUUUGUCGAGUUUCAAGAAACACUAAUACUAAUGCUAGUCGUAGGUUUGAUGAAUUGAUAACAUUUAAUUUUCAAGUCCUAAGUCAGACACUGAGACUUGAGAAUCGUUUGUUUUUUGCCAUAUUUAUUUAUUGGUAGCUUUUUUAUCUUGUAGAUGUUCAACGUUUUCAAAACAUUCAAUACUUUAUAUUACAAUAAGUGAUCUGCACACGAAAAUGACCAAAAAAGAAAAGGAAAAAGCGUUCAAUUUGAUCGAUGAACGUAACUUUAAAAAAUGUGCAACACUAACAUCGCGUUUCAAGCUACUUAAAUAUUUCAAAGAUCAUCAAGAUUUAUUAAAAAUAUUUGCCAAUUAUCGAGCAUCUUCAAAAUUAGAUGAUUUAUCAUUAUUUUAUUGUUUUGUGGUUAGUUUGAUGCACUGGGGACAAGAGAGCAAAUUGUAUGUUGAAAAUCAUUAUGUUACAGUUAAAUUAUUUGGUGUUCUAAGGGGUGAUAGUGGUAAGUACAUGGGAUUUGUCUUUGAAAUGUUGUAUUUUAAUUUGAAAAAUGCCGCAAGGCCUAAACACUUUAAAAUUGGAAAAACUAUGAGGCUUUUCAACUGA